AUGACUAGCCCGAGACGUUCUAAAAAAAGUGGCCCAUGUGUAAUCCAACACUUGGAUUGGGAUUCCCCCUCAGCUGCAACUGGGACGGUCAAACGGAGGAGAUCGUCUUGUCCGGAAAAUUCUUCAAAGAAACAUCUAUUAAAAGAUGAGGGAAUAUUCGAAGUUCAAACGCCAUCGGAUUCUGGUAGUGGCACGUCAAGGAGUCUUGAUGAGACUGACAAGUCAGAUUCCCUUCUGGAGGUAGAGGAAAGGAUAUCGUGUAUUAUAAAUGAAAAUAGAUCUUCUCAAAGCAAUUCCGAAUCAAGUGAUGUAGAUAUAAUUAUUGAUAGUUUAUUGGAAAAUCCCGUCGAAGAAGAAUUGUUUGCUCAGAGUGAUUUAUCUAAAUGUGAUCGUAGUAAAACUUUUAUAAAGCCACAAGAUGGUUUAUUAGAUAGGCAUUUUUUACAAUCGGUAGAGACAAUACAAAAGACUAAAGAGAAGAGAGUAAAAACUCCAUUGCCUAUUAAGAAGCUCAAUAAGUCUUUAGAUAUUGUUAAAAAUACCAAGGCAACAAAUGUAAAUAGAUUAAAUGAUAAAUCAAGUGUUCUUCCUGUAUAUAAGAGCACUGUUCGCGAUAGUGAUGUAGAACUAAGUGGUAAUCAAAAGAAAAAAACUUCAAAAUUAAAGUUACCAUUUUCUCCAGUAAAAGCAAUGGAUAAACCAAAGUUCUUUCACAAUAAAACCACUUCACAAGAACCCAAGCCUUCACCAUUGUUGUCGUCUCCGGUUAGAAGAACAAUAUCCAACGAGUACGUUCGAUUGAAAUUUGGCAACGACACAGUUGUGAGACGUACUAUAGAUGGGAAAUCAAUACAGAAAAUCACUCCGAAAAUUCAAUCAAUUAUACCCGAAAGUCCAAUUGAUAACGAGGAUCCGUUUUUGAAUUUAAGUCCCAAUAAAAAGUAUACGGUUACCGUCAAUAAUAAAGUAAGGUGCGAUAAGGACAAUUAUGUAAUAUUCGACCCAAACACUGGCUUUAAACCAGAGGAGACACCUAAACAAUCACGAGCACCUUCAAAAACUGGUGAAAAAUCAAGGAUUCCCUUAAAAUCUCCUAGUGGUGAAAAGGCUUUAGUAACACGGAAAUCAGUGAAUGUUAGUGACACAGACAGUGGUAUUUUGUCCCCUAAUUCUCCUGGUGAGACAAGUGAAAAAGUGCCUACGUAUUAUGUGAACGCUGCAGUUUUUAGUGAAACAGCCAAGAAAUCUACCUCAGACUUGGACAUCAAAAUUCUUGAUCCUGUAGUCGCGAAAAAGGCAACUGAACAAAUAAGGAUUUACACGGACUGGGCGAACCAUUACCUGGAACGGGCGCGAUCUCGGCGCCGAGCGGGUACUUCGGGCGGUGGUCUUGCUCGCGAUUGUGCUGAUGGAUUAUUACUAGCUGACGUGCUAGAAGGCGUCACAGGGCUGAAGGUGCCGAGGGUACAUCGCAAGCCCCGGAAUCCUCAACAAAUGUUGGAGAACGUCCAGUGCUGUUUAGACUUUCUACACGCACAAAAAGUCCAAGGAUUAGAACAAGUAACAGCUGUUGAUAUUCGGGACGCCAAACUAAAAGCAGUUCUAGCGUUAUUUUUUGCACUAAGCCGACACAAGCAAGCGUCGAAACAGCGCACAGUGCCACCUUGCGGCAAUGCCACAAACUCGGGCAAGAGUUUAUGCGAAGACGUUCCAGUUUUAAGUUCCGUCCAGAGGAUAACAGGUGGCAGCAGUUGCGAUGAAAUACUAACAGCUUGUGGGAACAACGUCGAAAUGACGACGUUAACAGCGAAUAGGCAAGUGUCAGUGCUGCAGACGUCGAUACCGCUACCGGCGUCAGCGGCGGCAGUGAGGCGCGCUCCGCCAGACAAGCGACCUCUACCGGCCACCCCAGUGCACGGCAAAAGUGGUCUCUCGGCGAGCUCUAGUCGAUCAACAAGUCCUCUUGGUCAAGGAGCAGUCAGUUUUAUACCGCGAGCACCAGCCUCUUCAUCUGGAUCAAGGCCAAACUCGUCACUUCUUGCACCCGGUAGUAAAAUUCCAUCAAGUUUAUCUCAGCCCCAACAACACGCGCAAACUGGCAACAGUCAAAAUGGCACCCCCACAAAGCAGUCAAUGCUUGAUAAGUUAAAACUAUUCAAACAAGACAAAAUAAGUAGUGAGAAACAGAAUAAUAAAAGUACCGCAGUAUCUAAACGCACUAGUUCGUCCAGUGGGUUUUCUUCAGCAAAGAGUGAGAGAUCUGACUCAAGUUUAAGCCUUAACGAAUCUGCAAAUGCAACAAAUACACAUAUCAAAUCCUCAAAUUUAGUAGGACCAAAAAGUAUAAGACAGCAAAAUGAAAACUUAAAAGAUAGAUCGGGUAAAAAUGUGAAAUCUAAGUUAGUUAAUACAAAAUCUGUAAAGGAAGCUUCUACUAAUUUAAAUAAAUCUAAUAUAAGGUCAACUAGUAAUGAUAAAUCAAAAAGUAGUCCAAAAUUACCAGCACGGGAUAAGGAGUCUAAAUUAGCAGCACCGAAGUCUGUAAGUAAUACACGGUUGAACCAAAUAGACGAUCACCCAAGAAAUUCGAAGACUAAAGUAGAAUCAAAAAUGGCAAAACUUUCUGGAAGUCAACUGAAACUGAGUGAUCAGCGCAUAGAACAUAAUUUAGAUAGUAAAACUUAUGAAAACACAAAGCAUUUACCUAAUCCAACACAGUCACCGUCACCAACAAAUGGGCAACCAUUACAAAAUCAAACUGGAAUCCCUAAACCAACAGCCGCAGUUAAAGGUACCACAAAAAUUUCAAAAGACGAAAGACACGGUAUAAGUAAGAGUACAAAUAGUCAAUUAAGUCCAAUACAAAGCAACUCUAGUUUAAAUUCAACUAAUAAUGUAAGUGCUCAUCCGUUCUCUAGAGAACAGUCUAAUUUAAGCAAAGAAGUAUCUCAAAAACAAACAUUGGCAGUGUCUCCAAUGCCUGUGCUUAACUCUGGAAGUCAAAAUCCUACUUCACAGAUGUCAGAAAGUUCGCAUUCAAAUUCCACUCAUAGCACAACUGGACAGCAGUCAAAUUCUAGCGACGGUAGCGUAAUAUAUCGUCCGUCGAGCGAAUCGGGGUCUGAAAUAUCAAAAAGUAGUAAUUUGGCUCCUAACAAAAGAUUGGAUAUGAAUGCGACAUACAUUAAUAAUGUUAUAAAUGAAGCUGAAAUUUCAGAGAAGGAGGCAGCUCAAAAGAGAGUUUUUGAGAAAUCAGGACCUAAACCUACAUUUGAGCUAAAUAGGACAUUAACAGAAUAUGAUAAGAAUGACAGUCGCUCUAGCACACCCUCGCAUUGUCGUGAUAACUCACUCGGCGAAGACGAAAAUCCAUUAAUGAACGUCUUACCCAUGAGACCGUUACUUCGAGGUUAUAACAGUCAUUUGACUUUACCAAUGAGAACGAACGGCUUAGCGCAAAAAAACAUUCCGGGGUAUCCACAUCAUGCAAACACCGUUAAAGCUAAUUUUGGUCGAGAGAACAUGAAUUUGCGUGAGCGCAUGAAUUACGGCCCUGGGUUUUCUAAUCCUGACUACUGUGAUCUUGAAAUUGCCUCCGGAUACAUGUCCGACGGAGACUGCCUUAGAAGAAUAAACGUAAGCGACAUGGAUAGUGCAAGAAAUAAUGACAUAAUGGACGGAUACAUGUCAGAAGGUGGAGCUUCGAUAUACGGACGACGGAUGAAUUAUCAGCAACCGUCUCAUUUUCAGCAACUCGAAGAAAGACGUGGUGGAGUUCGUAGAGGUAUGGAAGGCGGUAGCGGCGUCGUUUACCGAGUGGUAGGCAGAACGCGCAGCAAGGCAGACUGCGGACAGCAGACGGAGAGACAACCUCCGGCGCCCAGACAGGACACCACAUGGAAGAAAUACACAGAUUCACCCGGUGUCGGAGCACCUCCACUGAAUCAACCAGCUCCCGCUCCUCCUAGUCCUUCACACGGGCGAAAGGGCGAGCGUCGUACCGGUCACCAUUCACCUCAGCAUCAUAAAAGGGAAAAGCUCACAGCUGCACAACAGCUCGGCAUCGCUCCACAUCCACAGUACCCAGCGUCGAACUCAUCAAAUCAACACGCUCCGCGAGGUGGAAGCUCGCAGCUACAAUCGCCCAGCGGGCCGUCGUCGCGUCCGUCUAGUGUCUCCAGUGGUGGCAAUGGAAGCAGCUGUUCGUCUAGUAAAGCUAAAGUACCACAGAACUUUGGUUACGUGAAGAGACAAAACGGAUCUCAGCCACCACCGCCACCGGCCAAUGGACCGCCACAACAUGGUCAUGUUGGAAGAACUGCCCAAGUUUCUGCAGUACCACGAACGAAAGUCAAAGUAUCGGGCGGUACUCAAACAUGUACUCAGGACCUUCAAAUUCACAAAAAUGGUAUCGGACCAAAAUCAUAUUCCCUGGGCGGAACUGCGGCUGCGCAACUAUCCGCGUCCGUCCGUGAAAGACUUCUUGGAUCACAAUCGUUACCCAAACCUGGGACACACGAGUUCGCUGCCCUAUUUCAUCAUCACAGGGCAACACCUAGAGGCGGGAUGAAGAUCAGCGAUGGAAGUCUUUCAGACACACAAACGUAUUCCGAAGUCAAAUCGGAUUACGGAAUACCCUACGCUCCGUGGCUGAGACACAGCAACACUUACUCCGCGAGCGGGCGCCUGUCCGAGGGCGAGUCGCUGGAGUCGCUCACGUCCCUGCAGUCGGCGCACGCGCACAACCACACCUCCUCCCCUAACUCACACCACCGCAGCUCACUCACACACAAUAAGCUCAUCAUGCAUCGCGACGCGCAGAGCUCCCGACUCAACAGGAGCAACAGUAUUAGGUCAACGAAAUCAGAGAAGCUGUACCCGUCAAUGCUGCAAAGGUCAUCAGAGAGUGAUUACGAACCGUACUAUUGUUUGCCAGUGCAGUAUGGACCAGGAGGACAAGGUCUAAACUACGGGGUCUCCGAACCGCCUUCACCAUCUCCGCGGUCAGCUUUGAGCCCGACCCAUCAGCCCGGCAACGUGAUGCACACCCCUCGACACUCGCACCACUAUCCUAAGAAAAAUGACGAAGUGCAUGGUUCGACGGCCUCUCUGGUGUCGACAGCGUCAUCCCUCGCCGCAGGCGCCGGGUCAGAUGAGAGACAAGCGCAUGAGGUUCGAAAGUUGAGACGAGAGUUGGCGGACGCUAAGGAAAAGGUACACACACUGACGACCCAGCUGACAACUAACGCACAUGUUGUAUCAGCCUUCGAGCAAAGUCUUUCAAAUAUGACACAGCGCUUGCAGCAGCUCACAGCAACAGCAGAACGAAAAGAUUCAGAGUUGACUGAAUUGCGCCAAACUAUUGAACUGCUUCGGAAGCAGUCGAUUCAAGCUGGUCUGACCACUGCACAUAUGCAGUCCAUGGGCAUACGAGCUGAUGGCGUCAAUGUCACAGGACCGGAUCCAAACACGACACACACUCAACAAUCUUCGCCUCAGCGGUUAGCUCAAGGCAAUGGUGCCAUCACGCGCCACCUCUCCACCGAUAGCGUAUCUAGUAUAAACAGCCUCAGCAGUGGGUCGUCAGCACCUCAUGAUAAAAAACAUAAGAAAAAGGGAUGGUUGCGCUCAUCGUUUACAAAAGCGUUCUCAAGAAAUGCCAAGAUAUCUAAAACGGCGAAGCACUCUUCCCUCGGGCAAUUGUCUUCACAAGACAGCUCGUCGGGCUCUCAUCACUACGACGAUCCGCACACGAUCCGCGAAGGAAGCAACGAGAAUAGUCUAGAACAUUCCCACGAAACUCUUGACAAUGCUAAAGACAAAACGACGUGCCCUCCAGCGAAUACUGAAGAACAGACCAAAGAAAAACCAGAUCAGUCGGGCUUAGUCGACGAAUUGAAGAGACAAUUACGAGAAAAAGAUUUGGUGCUAACAGAUAUAAGGCUUGAGGCGCUCAGUUCCGCUCAUCAACUCGAAAGUCUUAAAGACACUGUCAUAAAGAUGAGGAACGAGAUGUUGAACCUGAAACAAAACAACGAGAGAUUGCAACGUCUAGUUACAUCUAGGUCAUUGGCUGGUAGCCAAAGCUCUUUGGGUACGGGAGGAUCUGCGGUAGAGGAUCCCAGGAGAUUCAGUCUUGCAGACCAAGCUACCAUGCAUCAGGCUGCCAUUGAUAUUCAUUCUCAGCCUUUAGAUCUAGACUUUAAUUGUAUGUCGUCGACUCCAUCUCGAGACCUUUCAAAGAAAGGAUCUCCAAAAUCUAGUAUGGUCGAGCCAAUAUACGGUAACAAGGCUGUUUGUGAAUUAAAUGAAAAUAGUGAAGCCUUAUUGGGAGCUUUAAAUGGUGCAAGUGACAUAUUUACGAAUGGGCUUAGUGCCGGGGACAGGAUGAGCGGUGAUUACGAUAUCAAUACAGUGCUACCUCCCCCUAAAAGCCGUGAGUUAGCGAUAGGAGAAAGCUAUUCAGAUAUCGGUGUCGCUGACAGUCAGGGCGAUACGACGGACGGAAAGAAAAUAGCGAUCGCUGUAUAUUUAGGGCAACCGGAAACAUUCCAAAGAUAUUUCGAAGAAGUCCAAGACACAUUAACUGAAUCGGAGUGCAGAUUUUAUGCAAAGCAAACUGCUAGUGCAUUUAACAAUCACUUCGAUAAACAACCCAGUUUCGAUUCACCGAGGAUGUCUCAGAACCACAGCCCCGAAAUUGAAACUCAAGAUUAUCCGCAAUCUAUAAAUAAAUCGAACACGAAUAGCCUUAAAAGUAAUAAGUCAACGCACAGUAAUUCAUAUAAGAACGUGUACAAUAGUGAUUCGACAAUAAACUGCAAUGAGUUUACUAUUGCGUACACGUACAUAUCUGGCAAGACGACUUGGCAGAAUUUAGACUAUAUAGUUAGGAAAACAUUCAAGGACUACCUAUCCAGGAUAGAUCCUGGAACGAAUCUUGGUCUGAACACUGAUUCCAUAACGUCCUAUCACUUGGGAGAAGCAACACGUGGACCUGAAAUCUGUUUUCCUGAAUUAUUACCGUGCGGUUAUAUAAUCGGCACCGUCAAUACUUUGUAUAUUUGUUUGCAAGGAGUCGGAAGCUUAGCUUUUGAUAGUCUCAUACCAAAAAAUAUUGUAUAUAGGUAUGUUUCACUAUUGUCUGAACACCGGAGGGUAAUACUUUGCGGACCAAGCGGCACGGGAAAAUCAUAUUUGGCGGCUAAAUUGGCGGAAUUCUAUGUACAAAGGACGCAGCGAAGAGGAAAUCCAGUUGAAGCCGUAGCAACAUUCAACGUGGACCGUAAAUCAUGUAACGAGCUGCGCGCCUACCUCGCCAACAUCGCGGAGCAGUGCGGCGGCGCGGCGGGCGAGGAGCUGCUGCCCGCCGUCGUGGUGCUCGACAACCUGCAGCACGCCUCCGCGCUGGGCGACGCCUUCGCCGGCCUACUGCCGCCCGACAACAGGAACAUGCCUGUCAUCAUCGGUACCAUGUCCCAAGCAACAUGCAAUACGACAAAUCUCCAACUACAUCAUAACUUCAGGUGGCUGCUCACUGCCAAUCAUAUGGAACCAGUAAAGGGAUUCUUGGCGCGAUAUCUUCGCCGAAAACUAUUUUCCUUGGAAUUGAGGCUAGGACGACGUGAACCAGCAUUAGCAGCAGUUCUGGAAUGGUUACCAGGAGUAUGGUCAACUCUCAAUGCCUUUUUGGAAGCUCACUCUUCAAGCGACGUUACAGUCGGUCCUCGUCUAUUCCUCGCUUGUCCUAUGGACUUGGAUGCUAGUCAGGCGUGGUUCGCGGAUGUGUGGAACUACAGCAUCGUGCCGUACGCGUCGGAGGCCGUGCGCGAGGGCGUGGCGCUGUACGGGCGGCGCCGACACGCCGCCGUCGACCCGCUGCAGCACGUCAAGUCCUCCUACCCCUGGAGAGAACCCAACCACUCGCAUACCUUAAGACCUAUAUCAGUCGAGGAUGCUGGUAUUGACGACGCUAAUCAGGAUGCGAACACGAACAACAAUCAAGAUCCCUUGUUAAAUAUGCUAAUGCGACUUCAAGAAGCUGCAAAUUACAGCGGAAACCAAAGCCAGGACUCCGACAACGCUAGCAUGGACUCGAAUCUCACUCACGACAGCUCUAUGGGCAAUGAGCUCUAGAAUGACACAUUCACUUGAACUCUAAUCUAUAUAAUUUCCUCUGUGACAACUGGUAUGCCAAAGUUUGACACAAGUUUGAGCUUCACGUGUGGAUCCAGUAUUAAAUAAAAUAUUUGUGACGCGUAUACAAUAUUAUAAUUUGUUCCUUUGAUUUUCAUAGAUAUAUUUAAUAAAUAAUGCUUCAUAGUAUAUUGUAUCAAAAUGAUCACUUGUGAAUGAGUCUAUAAAUAGAAAUGUUUGAUUGUAAUUACCUAACUGCAUUUACUAUUACUUGUCACACGUUAACUAUACUAUACAAAGCCAAAUAUUUGCCAUAUGUACAUUACUUAUAUUUAUUUAUCAAAUUUAAUGGCUUUUAGUAACUUGUUUUAGGUGCUUUAAUACUCUUGUAAAUUGACGUACGAAUAAUUCUUAUUCUUUUUCUAUUGUUAGGAAAGGAUUUGCUCUGCAUAUUUGUGAAUAUUGGCAAAUAUCGUAAGCAAGAGUAGCAGCCUUUUCUAUGUAAUAUUUCAAUGUUUAAUAUGAAAUUUUUAACAAUUGUGUUAAAAACUUUAAUACGAUGAUAAUAUAACUUUCGAGAAAACUAUUAGUGCCUGGAGCGAGGUAUUCCAUUUUUGUGAAAUAUUCGAACAGUGUAGGACUGUUAAUGUUUAUAUUAUAUUAAAGCAAUGUGGCUUUUACUAUUGUUAUAUUUUUCAAAGUUAGGAUAUGAACACAUUUGUAUUACUAUGAUAUUGUAUGUAAUAUAUUAUUAUGAAAGUGUAAUUUUUAUACCAUUUUCAUAUUAAAACUCAUGUACCUAAUAAAAUAAUAAACUGUAAAUACAAAAAUGUUUAAUAUAAUUUUUUUUUUCUCAAUGUGACUACACUAACCGCCAUUAUGCUAUAAUUAUACAGCAUUAAUUUUGUAUAGAAAAUGUGUAACGAAGUGUUACAGUGUUCAGUAUGGAUUAAAUUGUGUGCAUAACUGAAACGUGAUAUCUACAAUCUAUGCUUUACAGACAUUGUGAAAAUAAACAUUGAUUACAUU